AUGGGGUCGCCAGAGAGGAUGCCGUUUCCGGUGAACCACAGGACCCUGCUGUCCAGGCUCGUCGCGCUCUCCGCAUUCAUACUGCACUCAGGUAUCGUGGCCCUUCGCAUGACAACCGUACAGAUACCGCAACACGUCGUUCUAAACGAGACGGUCCGCAUGCAAUGCAACUUCAACUUGGACAAAGAGCCAUUGUAUUCGGUGAAAUGGUAUAAAGACGGCCACGAGUUUUAUCGUUACGUACCUAGAGAUGUGCCCACGGUCCAGACCUUCCGUGUUCCUGGUGUGAACGUGAACAUACAAAAUUCCACGGAAAUAUCGGUGAUACUGAACAAUGUGAAUCUUACUAGUUCAGGGAGGUAUCGAUGCGAAGUGUCUGCAGAGGCACCUUUCUUUCAGACCGUGUCUGAUCAUGCAGAUAUGACAGUAGUAGUUCUUCCUGAUGAGGGACCACGAAUAACUGGUGGUCGUUCCCGCUACCAAGUAGGGGAAGUCGUCCGUAUGAACUGCACAUCCGCACCCUCGAAACCGGCCGCUCUAUUAACUUGGUUCAUCAACGGCGAACCGGUCAAUACCCAGUACCUGAAGGGACCGCACAUUACUGCCGUGGACGAGAAGGGUUUGGAGACCGCGGUAUUGGGCUUGGAGUUUCGCGUCGCCAACAAACACUUCAAGCUGGGCGACAUGAAGUUGAAGUGCUUGGCGACAAUAGCGACCGUCUAUCUGCAGAGCAACGAGGAGAGCGUAGAAGGAGACGAGAGGAUCCUAAAAGCUCCGGUGAUGGAAAGCCGCGAGACCAGACCACAGAGCCAUACACGCAACAAUUUAAUCAAUGACACUCGAGACCAUUGUUUAUGUUCGUACAAUACUGGUGAAUAUUUAAACAGAAUUCAUGCAAAAUUUACUGGCCACUGUCUGAUGGAACCUAUGACAUUAGGAUCACCUGUUGGAAGUCCAGUGCAAAUUCCUGGAAGUCCAGGAACUUCUGCAUAUCUCCCAAGUUUCCUUUUAGGUGAUACUACAAUGCCUGCUAAAAUAAAUAUGUCUGGCCCACAAGAUACUCCAAAACAAUUACACAUCGGACACAGUGGGCUAACCUCUCCGCUUUCUCACUAUGGCACCCCAGACUAUCGGACCAAUCGCCAAAAAGCAGUGUUUGGAGGAAGCAACACUCCUAAUACAUCACAGAUAGUGACAGAAAGUCAUACUGGUGGGCCUCCAACGAGAGGACUAUUUGAUACCUUAGAAACUUCUCCAGCAGGAACACCUUACUUAUCAGCAACCAAUCAAAGUGCACCUUGCAAUCAGCCAAGGCUUGUCAUGAACUCUAUGAAUAAUUCUAUAUUUAAUGACGUUGCAUUAAUUUCUAAUACGAGUGAAUCACAAGGUCUUUUGCAAUGGGUGACUGUUUUUGGUUUUCUUCCUAAUGAUCUAAAUACUGUUUUGGCUCAUAUUUCAAGCAGAGUUCGUAUAGUGGAUAAGCAUCCUCCACCAUACUCACAAAGCAACUGGAUACAUUUAAAAUGUGCUUCAGAACAAGAAGCACAAAGGGCACUCGCUUGUAAUGGAAAUAUAGUGUCAGGAUCUAUAAUGAUAGGUGUAAUUCCUUGUACAGAUGAGGGCGUUGUAUUAGGAUGUGAUAAAGAAAAUCGUUCUAGAAUGAAUGGAAGUAUUAAAUGUUUUUCUAAUUUAGGAAGAAUUAAUCAAUCACCAGAAUAUAGUACACCACGCACACCAAUUAGAAUACAAAAUGCAAGACCAUUGGCAGCUGGUUAUAAUCAAAAUCUUAGUUCUCAAUCAGUAAGGUCACCAGAGAAUGUUCCACAAAAAUCUACAGGUCUAGUAUCAAAAGCAAUGGAAUAUAUGUUCGGAUGGUAACCUUCAAUGAAGAAAAUUGUACAUGUUUUGUUAAUGACAAUUAUUUAAUAUGUAAUUUUCUUUAUGUUUUU